AUGGCUUUGGUUAAAUACAGUGUCAAGUGUAAUAAAAACAAAAUUGAUAAUCGAACUAUUGUAGCUAUAGGAUGGAUUUCUUCUCUUAUUGCUUUGGGUCUUGUCAUUAUUAUCCUUGUUGGUCUUGUUUCCAAAAAUGGUCUUUACCAACUCUAUUUUAUUGACAUUGACUACUCAUCUGUUACUCCAACUGACGUUAUCAAUGCUAUUAUCGCUUCUCCUACUACCACAUCAACAGCUGCAUAUUCAACGUCUACUACUGCAACAACGACUGUAGAUACUUCCUCAGUUUCUACCAUUCUUCAAACUUACAUGGCUACUACGUUUUCUUAUCCUAAUUUGCGCUCUCAUCUUUGGACUUUUUGCUAUGGAGUAUCUGAUUCAUCAGCUGCAACUACCACCCUUUAUUCCACUUACUCUUCUUCAGAUACUUCUCUGACAACCAAGGGAAUGACAUGGUGUUCAACUCCAUCUAUCAAGUAUGCUCUUACUGGCCCUAAUCUUAUUGCCGAUCUCUUAAAAUAUGCUGGUGCUUCAGAUGAUUAUGCAACUCUUGUAACUAGUGCUUAUAACCAAAGUCCUGCUGUUGAGGGUGUCCGCAAGUACGGUAUUAUGAUACAAGCAACAACAACAGCUUCUCUUAUCUGCUAUCUUGUUGGAGCUAUUGCUCUAUUUAGUGCUUUUGGGUUUUCCCUUACUGCUUUCCGAAAUAUCAAAUACGACAAAGCAGCUUUUUGGCUUGGUGUUGGAGCUGCAUGUCUUAUUACCAUUGCAACCUUUCUUAUUACGAUUACCUCAUCCAUCUACAUUAAGGCUAUUAAUGAUACUUUUGGUUCCACUGUCAACACAACAUUAGGCAAAGCUUUAGGAGUAAAAGCCAAAUCAACUGUAAUAGCUAUGGUGGUGGUUUGGAUAGCAACUGUUUUCAGUAUAACUUUUGCUGGAGCUUGGUAUUACAUGUGCUUCUUUUUUGACAAUAUGCGUGGUUGA